UUAAAGUAUUAAAAAUUACAAAAAAACAGAAUAUGAAUAUAAAAUACAUUUUGGUUUUGGGUUUUACUAUAAACUGCUUGGUUCAAACUGUUGCGUUCAGAACUACUGCAGCCGAUGAGGUUAAAGACAAUAUUGCUAUACAGAAUUUUGUUGCUCGUAGUAACCGAAAUACUAGACGGGACAUUGAACUUACUACGACUCAAUUAUUGCAUCUUCUGGGCGACAAAUAUAAAAAUUAUGUGGGUUUUUACAAAGGAUUUAAUCAUGUGCCAGAUGACCACUUAGACUGUGUAAAUAUUGAACUAUUCGGCCUUAUCGUGAGAUUCAUUUGCGUACAAAAGAACACGACAGUAGCAGAAUUUUUAACUGAUCAACUUGCUAUAGACAGUGCUAUAAAACGUUUCAACAGUAAGCCAGGUCAUACAGGUCUACUUACUACGAUGGAAUUAUCGUCAAUGUUAAAUUGUGACAGUAAUGUGGCAAAUUAUAUGAGAGAAAGAACAUAUACUCCAGAUGACUUAAAUCAAGUAAAUGAUGACCAAUUCGGGGACAUGGUGAAAUUCAUAUGUAUACAAAGGAGCGUGUCAGUAGAAGUAUUUUUAGGUGCGAUACAAUGAUUCAAUACGUUAUGUGCUGGGCUAUUAUAACUUUUA